AGAAGCUAAGCAGAACAGCAGCUCAUAUGCUUGUGGCGCAAAUACUAUUUGCCUUGACUCUCAAAAUGGUCGAGGUUACAGCUGCCAUUGUGAAAAAGGCUAUGAAGGAAAUCCUUAUCUUGGAUGUAAAGAUGUUGAUGAAUGCAAAGAUUCUCACAACUGCAAAGAUGCAACAUGCUUUAAUACGCCAGGGGCCUAUUACUGUAUCUGUCCAGCAGGUAGAAAACCCGAAACCAUUAGUGAAGGAAGAUUGGGAUGCACGCCUGACAAACGAAACCCCAUUUCAUCAUUCUUCUUGUAUCGGCAGGUAUUGGGGUAAGCAUAUUGAUUACUUGGGACAAGUUAUAGUUUGUACACUAGACUUGUCACGAGAAAGAAAAUGAAAAUGAAGCAGAGGCAAUUUGAGAGGAAUGAUGGAUUGUUGUUAAAGCAAAAAAUCACUGCGAAUGAUGGUAGAGUAGAAAAGACUGAAGAAUUUGAGUAGACGACAGAUGAUACAUAUGCUGUAAUCACUUCAAAUUUCGCUUGUAAAGAUGCAGAAUGAUGCAUAUAUUAAAACCAGGGAAAUGCGUCACUUAUUACUGAUCAAACUGAUAGUAUUCACUAAUGGUAAGUAGCCUUGAAUUGUCGAAGCA